GGUUCCUUGGCUCAGGAUUGGCUGUGUAGACAGGAGGGAGCUUGCAAAGAGCAGGGAUGGAGUUGAGGGGGCGGGGCUGGCUUCCGGCGGCGGAGGGGAGCGAGCCGGAGCCGGCUGGGGGAGGGGGUGUAGGCGCACCGCGGAGUGCAGCGCUCUCGGUGAGCCUAGCACCCGGAGUAGCCGUCUCCCCCUCCCCCUGCCUGAGCCUCUAGAAGCCCUCUCUCUUCUGUCCUCCCUGGACUAGGGCAAGCAGGGCUGCACUGUCCCAGGCCGGCGGGGCGGAGCCCGGAGCCCCACUGAGAGCUGCAGAGCCAACCUCACCUCCUGCCCAGGGCGCAAGUGUGAGCCACUGCUUCAUGUUGUGCUGAUGCUGGUCUGCCAUGCUAGCCUGUCUACCAGGGCCAGGUGACCUGUCCUUUCAGCUUCUUUCUCACACGCAGAUGAACACUGGACUUCAGAAAUGGGACACUACACAGAAAAUGAGAACUGCUCACUAUCCCACCCCAGCCGAAUUGGACGCGUAUGCUAAGAAGGUCGCAAACAACCCACUGACUAUAAAAAUCUUCCCCAACAGUGUGAAGGUUCCCCAGCGGAAACACGUUCGUCGUACUGUGAACGGCCUCGACACAUCAGCCCAGCGCUACAGCCCCUACCCGACUCAGGCUGCCCCCAAGGCAGGCCUGCUUGCCAUUGUCAAAGUGCCAGCCAAAAGCAUACUCAAGGACUUUGACGGCACCCGAGCUCGGUUCCUCCCUGAGGCCAUCAUGAACCCCCCAGUGGCACCCUAUGCUACUGUGGCACCCAGCACUUUAGCCCACCCACAGGCCCAGGCUCUGGCCCGACAGCAGGCCCUGCAGCAUGCACAGACCCUGGCCCAUGCCCCUCCCCAGACACUGCAACACCCUCAGGGUAUACCACCACAGGCACUGUCUCACCCUCAGAGCCUCCAGCAGCCUCAGGGCCUGGGCCACCCUCAGCCGAUGGCCCAAACCCAGGGCUUGGUUCACCCUCAGGCCCUGACUCACCAGGGUCUCCAGCACCCCCCUAAUCCCUUGCUGCAUGGAGGCCGGAAGAUGCCAGACUCAGAUGCACCCCCGAAUGUGACCGUGUCUACCUCAACUAUCCCCCUUUCAAUGGCGGCCACCCUGCAACACAGCCAGCCCCCGGACCUGAGCAGCAUCGUGCACCAGAUAAACCAGUUUUGCCAGACGAGGGCAGGCAUCAGCACUACCUCAGUGUGUGAGGGCCAGAUCGCCAAUCCCAGCCCUAUUAGUCGAAGUCUGCUCAUCAAUGCAAGCACCCGGGUGUCGACCCACAGCGUCCCCACACCAAUGCCUUCAUGUGUGGUCAAUCCCAUGGAGCACACCCAUGCGGCCACAGCCGCACUGCCUGCUGCAGGUCCCGUCAACCUGCCCACAGGCAUCUCUCGAGCCCCCACUGGCUACCCUAGCGACCUCAAGCCAGUUACCUGGAACCAGCACCAGCUGGCCCACCUACAACAGAUGUGCAGUGAGGCCGGUGGGACACCAGCCCCUGGCCUGACAGGCAAACAUACAGCAGGACGUGAGUUGGCAGGGCCUGGUUUUGUGGGCAAGGCCCCUGCCUAUCCGCAGGAACUCUGCCUGGCACAGUCCUUCCAUCUGAAGCCACCCCUGGAGAAGCCGACCCCAUCCCCACCAGUCAACGGCCUACCAGCCCCACUGGCCUACCCCAAUGGUCACUACUUCCCACCCCUGUGGAACAACAUUCUACCAACUCCCAAUAGCGACAGCUCGGGGUCUCAGGACCUCGCCAUGCCGUUCCACGGUGGGCAGCCCACAGGUGCCCCCCUCGACUGUGGGGCAGCUCCUGGGGCCCACUACCGAGCAGGGACUGGGGGUGGUCCAGUGGCAAGCCAGAACAGCUUGAUGCAAACAGUGGAUUACCUGAGUGGGGAUUUCCAGCAGGCCUGCUUCCGAGAACAGAGCCUGGCCAUGUUGAGCAAGGCCCACCGAGCUCCUGGCACCCGAGCCCCCGAUCCCACAGAUAGUCGAAGUCUUCAUAUUCAGCACCCAGGGUAUAGAUAGGGAGCUGUGGCGCUCUCCUCAGGCAGCAUCACACAUUGCCCUUCUAGGUUUAGUCUUACUUUUAAGUAACUGGAUAGUUUCAAAGCUUCACUGCUCCAGUGUGAUCAUCCUGAGAUAUCUAAGGAAGGGAACUUGGCGGGGCCCCUUUGGGGACAGAAGAAGGUCCUUUAUCCUUCCCUCCAGCAACUCUUGGUUUUCUGUUAGAUCCUAACCCUGUCCUCUCAGCACCUGCCUGUCAGGCAGUCUCCACCCUGACCACUUCUGACUCUUGCCAUCUUUUGCUGAACUUCUAUUUCUUUUGGGACUGAGUUAUGACUGAGGGGAGUGGCCUAGGCCCUUAAGUUAGGCUUCUCGGUCUGGGACUAAGAAACCAGACUUUCUAAGUGCUCUGGAAGCUAAUUCCUUAUUCCCCCAAAGAUGUCAAAUCAAAAUAAACACACUCCCCCAUCUCUCCCAGCUGCUUCCAUCCCUCAAGGCUUGGUGUUUCAUUUCUGUUGUUUCCAAGCCACUGCACUUGUCCUUGCCAAAGCCUUGCGACUCAGAGAAAACCAUUGCGUUGGCGUCUUGGUUCUUGACUCUCCUCACAGAGAAAUGCAGUGGCCAUCUGGCAUUCCCAGGACCUCCUGUCACCGUUGCCUCUGUCCAAACUCAACUGCUGUCCUCAUCCCUGCCUCCCCUCCCUCUUAAGAAAAACAAAACAAAAACUACCUUACUUGAAGAAUUAGUUAUAGGUAAAGGAUGAUCACAUUAGAGUUUGGAAUUAAAAACACCAAAAAAGUUUGAAAAAAAAAGUUUAAAAAUGCAUUUGGUUCUCUACACUGGCUAAGAAUUAUUGGUCCACACUGUAAGUCUUAAAUGUCAUGUUUCUGUAUGAAUGAGUGGGUUUGAGGAGCAUUGUGUACGAGUGCCCCACAGGUAUAGUCACUCUCUAAGUUUUGCAGCCCUUCAGUUUAAUGAAGAACAAAAGGAAAAACACAAAGCCUUAAGCCCUUUCAAUUCCUCCUCCACCAAAUGUGCGUGGUUCUGACCGCUGCAGAGGGGCUUACAUUGGGAACGGCCCCUCUUGCCCCUCACCCAUUCAAGAGCAUCUUCCACCUGUUCCAGGACCAACGUGUCUCAUUCCCAAGUGACAAUUAGUUGUCUAGAAAUUCAACACUUCUCUGUAACGUUAGACUGUUUUGUUGUAAAUUCUUGCACCUGUCUUCUGUUGCACAGUUGGGCUUUGAAAGUAAUAGUAAGAAGCCCUUGCCUUUCCUCGCCUUUGGGGAAUGUGAGCUGAUAACUGAAGGUUUGGGGUUUAUUCUCACUGUUCCUUAGCCAGAAAUUCUGUAGUGAUCUGAAACAAUGUGACUGAAGACCAGUUUUUAAAUUAUGUGUUGGCAAGUUGCCUUAUAUUUAAAAGGAAAAAAAAAAAAGGAAAAAUGCCUGAGUGUGUUAUGCCAAAUGAUAGCAA